GAAAAAAAAACCAGGAGAAAGUGCAGGCACACGGGAGCUCCCCCCCCCUCCUACACAGCGCGUCGCCCUUCGCUCGGAGGCUAUCUGGAGCUCCAAACAAAACAGCCUCUCCUCCGCACUGACCCCUGCCCAGGGACGCGCCGCGCUCUCCAGCCAGCGGUCAUGGCCACGACGCUGUCGGGCUGCCGCUGUCGGGGUGCGAGCCUCCGCGGCAACAGCAGAAGCAACUGCAGCAGCCACAGCCACAGCAGCAACAGCAACAGCAUCCUUUACAGCAUUCUUAAGAGUGACAGAGAGGAACAACAACACCAAACGCUACAUAACUUACUCCAAAGCCACAGGACCUCCUCCUCAUCCUCGUCCGCCUCUUCUGUCGCCUCCGGGCCGGCGUGGCGACAUCAGGAGCAGCAACAGCAGUGCUCCUGCGGGACAACGCGGCGCCGCGGGCUCCUGCGCUCCCCGCAGGUGACCUGCAAAGCAGCCUCCGCCAUCCUGGUCAAGACGCUGCGAUUCGUCAAGAACGUGCCGUGCUUCAGGGAGCUGCCCGAGGAUGAGCAGGUGGUCCUGAUCCGGAGCGGCUGGGCGCCCCUGUUGGUGCUCGGGUUGGCCCAGGACCGAGUGGACUUUGAGACCACGGAGACUGUGGAGCCGAGCAUGCUGCAGCGGAUUCUCACCGGGGCACCCCAAAGUCAGAGCGAAUCAGCGGCGGCGCAGGUGACUGUGGCCGACCCAAGUCGAGGGGCUGGAGCCGGCGUGUCGUUGGCCGACAUCGAAACCAUUAAAGGCUUCUUGAAGAAGUGCUGGAGUGUUGACAUCAGCACCAAGGAGUACGCCUAUCUGAAGGGAGCCGUGCUCUUCAACCCGGAUCUGGAGGGUCUCCGCUGCCUACCGUACAUCCAGUCGCUGCGGCGCGAGGCCCACCAGGCCCUCAAUGAGCACGUCCGACUGAUCCAUCGCGAGGACGCCACACGCUUCGCCAAACUGCUCAUCGCCCUGUCCAUGCUGAGGUCCAUCAGCCCUUCGGUGGUGGCCCAGCUCUUCUUCAAGCCCAUCAUCGGGAGCGUCAACAUUGAGGAGGUGCUCAUGGAGAUGUUCUACGGGAAAUAAGGACCCCUUGCCCCCUCCACGCACCACUCCCAGGCCUCUACUACAGGUGACCCUCCAUCUGCCCGAUGGACUGAUAGGCGCUUAUUGGACAAGUGAGAAGAACUUACA